CGGAUAAUACAUUAAAAAAAAAAUACAAUUGGCAUAGCCGGAACAUGCUAUGCAGGGGUUAAACACAGCGUGUUAGUACUUUUGUCAUGUCGAACACUUUGUUGUCCUGCCUGGAAAGGUCGAGUUGAACGCGGUGCCAAACAUCCGCCACAGUGGCUCGCAGGGCGCCGGGAGCGACCCCUGGUGCCACGUGAGUCGCUUUGCAGCACUAGUGACGUAGGGGCUGCCAUUUACGACGGUGUGCUUACACAAUGACACUUUCCGUUACUUUAGCCUGCGAGUUGUAACCGCGUUGGGAGGGGGGAGGAAACGGAUAUCUUAUUUCAAAACCCAUUCACGUUCGGAACAUUGUUUCAAGAUUUCGACUUAUGAGCGACAUCGUACACUGUACUGGAUUGAGAACAAGCAAUUCCCCCCCCGUGAAAAAAGUACAAAGCGUACUUCCUGUGGUGAAACUGCUUCGAGCUGGUAAAGCAGGCCCGGCGCGGAGCUCCCCCAAAAGUUUGUUGUUGUCACGUGACGCGAGACGAAUGUGGCGAUAAAAGUUAGUCCGGAGCGUCAAACUACCUUCACGCGCUACAACAGUUGAAAGGUCAUCGACGCCGUGUCCGCCGCGAUGCCUCAGCCGAAGUACCGAAAGAUUGCUGUGAUUGGUUACAGAUCUGUAGGGAAGUCAUCUCUCACAAUACAGUUUGUGGAAGGACAGUUUGUGGACUCCUAUGACCCCACAAUUGAAAACACAUUCAAUAAAAUGGUCAGCGUCAAUUGUCAAGACUUCAAUCUUCAACUGGUUGACACUGCUGGACAAGACGAAUACUCCAUUUUUCCACAGUCCCACUCAAUGGACAUUCACGGCUAUGUCCUUGUUUAUUCUGUGACAUCCAUGAAGAGUUUCGAGGUUGUUCAGGUUCUACAUGACAAACUGCUGGAUAUGGUUGGAAAGAUUCAGGUUCCAACCGUUCUUGUUGGUAACAAAAAAGAUCUCCACAUGGAAAGGGUCAUCAAACCAGAGGAGGGAAAGAAGCUUGCUGAUUCCUGGGGUGCUGCUUUCAUGGAGUCCUCAGCCAAGGAGAAUGAGACAGCCGUGGAGGUUUUCAAGCGAAUCAUAUUGGAGAUGGAGAAAGCUGACGGGAAUGUCCCGCCGGAGGAGAAAAAGUGUGCCAUGAUGUAAGUGCGUAUUGAGGACUUGGUGAAAGUAACUUUCUGAAGACAGGAGGCUCGGCUCCACCAGCGCACCGACGGCGACCUCGCCAACAAGACCUGGCAGGGCCGGCAUCUUCAAUUCAUGCCAAACUAUUCCAGAAGACGCAGCUCAGGCAAACAAAUACCUUCAUUGGACAUUUCUGUUGAUGGGUGGGUAUCAUUUUAGCCCUAAGAAAACACAGAUCCUCAUUAACUGUAUCCAGGAUUCCCUUAUUUAACGGCAAUUAUGUGUGAACGCAACAUCGGGUUGCGUAAUUUUGGAGUGGUCGUGUAUAGUGGCGGUGGCGGCGGUGGCUUGACAGUUGUUGAUUCCCAGUUCACAUUGCUCUAAAUGUGGUGGUUGAUUUUGUCCCAGUGGUGGACUGCCUCGGGUGCUGUACUCCGAGCCUUCACAAAACACUCUUUCCACAUUUCUUUCCAUUGUUAUGUUUUCAGGUUUCUUUCAAGCCAUUUAUACAUACAGCCGCUCACCUGUGAGUUUUUCUGCUGAGCAGAUUAGACCGCUGCGCUCAUUUUUACAGUUUUGACUUUUCUAUCAUCAGUAGCAAAGGUGUUAUGAAGCCCUCAGAUCUGUUUAGAAAAAUGUCUUCGAUUUUGGGCACCUCUAGUUUUUACUCAAUUAUACAUAGAAUAGGUUUUGCUGUUCAUUUUUUUGUUUUGUUUUGUUUGUUGAAUGAUGCAGGCUUUUGUGCUCCCUAUGAGUUUAGAGUAGUGCAUUACAGUAAUUUAUCCUGUCAUUUUAGCAUUGUAAAAUACAAUGAAAUGAAAAGCAUCAGUUGCUUGUUCUUGUCUAUGGAGCGAUGAUAUCAUACACCCAAUUUAUUGUAAACUGAAUUUCAUGAGAUGCAAUGUUUGCGUUUAGUUUUUGUUGGCACUUGUUGCCUUCAAAUAUACUACCUGUCUGUGGAGUAUAAUGACAUUACAUUUUUCUUCCUCACAUAGUUGUUUUUUUUUUUUUUAAUGAAGUGCUUUGCUGAAUAAGUAGUUUUACGACGGACGGAGGCUGGUUAUGCUGUGUCUUGUGCCUUAUACAUCUUCGAAACUCCACAUCUGGUUCCCUUCGUGACCAAAGGUGCUCUUAUAGGGUUUCUACUUCCAUCUGUUAACUUGAUCUCAUGGGUGUUGAUGGUGGUGGCGGUGACGACGGUGUGCACAACAUGGACGCCGAUAUGCCGAUGACGGUCAGCGUUCAUUCAGAAAUCUUGCUGUAAACAGUUUGUAUAUAAAAUCUGUUACUCAA